AAGGGGAAGUGAAAGACGCAUCGAGACAGUGUCUAUAUAUGCAUCUAGCACCCCCGCAACAUGCCGGUCGUUUAACCAACUCCAUCGCAAAAUCCACAGCACCAUCAUGGCCUCCUACCUGGUUACUGGCAGUUCCAGAGGAAUCGGCCAUGAACUCGUGCGCCAACUGGCCGCACAGCCCGCCUCCGAAGUCAGCACCAUCUUUGCAACCUCGCGCUCCGUCAAUGCGCCCCUGCAAGAGCUGGCGGGCCAGCAUCCGGGGCGCUUCAUUCUAGUUCCCAUUGACGUGACCGACCGAGACAGUAUCAAUAAAGCCGUGGAGAGAGUGGAGAGCAUCGUAGGUGACAAGGGACUGGAUGUGCUUAUCAAUAAUGCCGGCGUCGUGGAAUGGGGCUGGCUCAAGGAUAUGUCUGAUCUGAACGACACCUUCAACGUCAAUGUAACCGGGCCCCAUAUCAUGGUCCAGGCCUUCCUGCCACUCUUGCGCAAGGGCUCCAUGAAGAAGAUUGUCAACAUUUCCAGCAGUGUCGGCUCCAUCGCCAAGCAGCCCGUCUACCGCCAGGUGCCCGCCCCUUCCUACAAGAUCACCAAGGCCGCGUUGAACAUGAUGACGGUGCUGUACGCGCAGGAACUGGCCGACGAGGGAUUUACUGUGUUUUGCGUGAGCCCGGGGUGGUUGAGAACGAACGACGCCAACGCACAUGCCGAUUUGUCAGUCGGGACUGGAGUCGAGGGAGUCUUGGGCAUGGUGCGCAACGCGGGCGUCGAGGUCAAUGGCAAGUUCUUGAAUAUUCAUGUCCCGGGCUGGGAGAACAAUCCUGGUUUCAAUCAGUAUGAUGGGAAAGAGCUGCCUUGGUAGGAGAUGGUUGCCGUCGGUGUAUUUAGCAGUGCGAAGCAGGUAGAAUAAGUUCUGUUGAAUGUACAGAUAAAAGUCACUUUCCACAGAAACAUCAGACUGGG